GUUUUUUUUCCUAAAUAAUUUUUGAGAAACCUAGAAAUCAGCAAAUGCAGAGGUUUGGGAGAAAGAAGGAGAAGAUGGGAGGAGGAAGAAAGCAAAUAUUUUUGGGACUUGGUCUUGUUAUGGUGAUGGGUUUAGCUGUUUACUUAAGGCUUUGGACCAUUGACUACAAUAUCUCAUCUAAUGAAACUGAAUUACUCAGGAGACAGUUCGAUCUUGCCAGUAGAGAAGCAAUGGACGAAUCUGCUGUGUGGAGAAAAAGAUAUGAUGACGAGGAAAAGAUAUCUUCCGCCUGCCAAAAGGAACUGAUUAAGAUUAAGCAGUUGUUGAAGGAGGAUGGUGCUGCUGGCAUUAAGAAGAAGUUGGACCUGCUGCAAAAGGAAAACAUUGAUUUACUUGAACGACUCGAGUCUUUGAAACAAGAGCUUGAAUCAGAGAAGUUGAAAUGUAGCAUGAAACAGAUAUGACUUCACCAGAACCCUAAUGGUCCGGGGAUCAGUCGGAAGUUGAACUUACCAAAUCAAUCUAACUCAAACAUGGCAAGGAGGAUUAUGCUUCAGAAUUCGCGCUACAUUAUGCUUUUCGAGAGGCAUGAGAGAGCAUCUUCCAUCCAAAUUUUUGGCCUCCCUUAGAAUACUCUCUUUUGUUAAGUGAUGGAUGGUUCUUAUAUAUUUCUAAGUCCCCAUACAGCAUUUUGUUAAAUCUUGAAUUGUAUAUAUUUGAAUUUUUUCACAGUUUUUUGGCCUCCCUAGCAUGCAAGUAUCAUGAACAAGAAAUUUGAUUUUUUCACAAUUUUUCGUAUGUAUUAGCCUAUGAAUAUUUGGUAAUAUUACAAAU